AGCCGCGUUACCCACUUCCCCCCCCAAACACAACCCUCGGGCUCCCCACGGUCACUUACAGCGCGGCCCCGCCUCCUCCCGGGACCCUGCAGCGGCACCUGGGCUCCUCACGGACCCUCGUGGCUUCCCCCCGCCCGCCUCAUCCCUCCCACAGCAGCGGCCUGGCCUCUCCUCAGGCCCCUUGUGAGAGCGGCCUGGCUUCCCUCCUCCUCCCCCCGCCCUGCGUUCCCUGUCGCAGCGCCAUGGCCUUUCCCAGGGCCCUGUGUCCCCAGCCUCGUCUGCUUUUCCAUCCCCCCCUGGUGUGCGUGGCGGGUCCCCCAGGCACCCACGGCGGCCUGCUGCCGUGCUGGGGGUGAGGGCGUCGUGGGGGGGGGGGGGGACGUGCUUGACCUGCCCCGUCUGCGCAAGGGAUGGGGGACAAGGUGCUGGCUUUGGGUGAAACAGGGCUCACAAGCCUACAGCACUGCAGAAUGGAGAACUAUAAGAAGGCCAAAAUUGUGGAGAAACCUUGUCCUCUUCCUUUCACUGACCUGCCCCCUGAUAUUAUUGAAAUGAAAGUGAAGGAUGGGAGCAAAAUCAGAAAUCUGAUGGGCUAUGCCAUCAGCAAGAUGGAGCUGGACUCGGUGAGGCAGAUCCUUUUCACUGGCUCUGGCAAGGCCGUCAGCAAGACCAUUACCUGUGUGGAAAUCAUGAAACGGAGGCUCAAAGAGCUGCACCAGAUCACCAAAGUGCUCUUCAAACAGAUUGAAGAGAUCUGGGAACCCAUUGUGCCUGAGGCGGGCCUCGAUGCCUUGACAGUGAAGAGAAAUAUUCCUGCCAUAUGUGUCCUACUCAGCAAAGACGCCCUCGACCCUCAGGAGCCGGGAUACCAGGCUCCAGGCUCUUUUGAUGCCUUCUGGAUUGAGACCCUUAAAUCGGAGUCCCAGGGCCAAAUGAAGAGGAAGCAGGGUGGAGGCAGGGGAGUUGGCAGCACGGGAAAGCACCCUCGGUCGGCUGGAGGAGCGCCUGGGGAGCCCUGCGCCAAGUCCUGAGACGCCCACACCGUUUUUGGGUGUGGUUUGGGGGAGUUAAGGAAACAAGACAGCUGCUGUAGCUGGAAAGCUGCUGCUGAACACGGGGGCUUGCAGAGUUGUUAGGGGAGGGCAGGAGAGAUUUAACUGUUUCAAAACGGACCUGACUGUAGCUGCCUGAGACUGUUUUGACAAGUUCCCUUUGUCAAAGGCUGCCAGGCUAUACUCCUGUGUGGUUCAGGGAAGACAGGAACCGUCCCUGCUUGAUCAAGUACCUGCUGGCGUCUGCUCAGCGAGCCCCGGCGGGCGGCUGCUGGCUGAGCAGGGUUUCAGCUGCUCGGGGCGGCGCGGCAGCCCGGGCAGCGGGCGUGCGUGGCGGGUGCCCGCUUGUGCGGCAGGUGGGGGUGGCUCUUGCUGCGGUACGGAGGGGAGGUGGCACCCGAUCCUGCACCGCCAGAGCUCGUGCGAGCGGACAGCGGGGCACGGGGCUGGGUUGGAUGUUUCUGUGCCUCAGAGUCCAUCUGCUGGGCCCGUCAAGCGGUUUGAAUGUAGGACUGCGGGGAUAUUGACUCCGUCUGCGGCUGUGUGUGCGUGGCGCCCUUUCUGCCUUCCUUUCACCUCGGUGGAGCCGGCCGUUACACCCCUCUCCGCGACAGUGUCAGGAGUCGACUCGAGUCUUAGCCCGUCUGAAAUCCUGUAGCUGUGCGAGUGCCCGGGGGUGGUGGUAACAGUAAACUCCGAAAGACUCUGUUCUUUCCCCUUUUUGCUCCUUUAUAAUGUGAAGAGAUGGGUAUAAAAUAAAAUUUUCUCUUCGUGUAAUGUGAAA